AUGGGAGAGACUCUGGAGAUGAGGUCCUACUUCAUCAGAUGUGUUCCUGAAGGCAACAUUCCCUACAGAGAAGGUGUGAAGCCGGAAACAUUUCAGGCACGUGACAACAUUUCAAACUUCAUCUCCUGGACAAGACAUCUGGGUAUCCCAGAAGUACUCAGCUUUGAGACAGAUGAUCUUGUCUUAAGGAAAAAUGAGAAAAGUGUCAUCCUGUGCUUACUGGAAGUUGCUAGGGUGGGGGCAAAGCUGGGGAUGCUAGCACCGACACUUGUUCAGAUGGAGGAGGAGAUUGACGCUGAGUUAGCAGGCGAAGAGCCACUGCCGAGGGCUCAGAUUCAAACCUGUGAUCUGAGAUCUCUGGAUGAGAGGGUUCGUGAUCUCAUUAGUCGGUGCACAUGCCCUGUUCAGUUCCCCAUGAUCAAGGUCAGUGAUGGUAAAUACAAGAUCGGGGAUACCAAGAGUUUGAUUUUUGUCAGAAUCCUUCGUAAUCAUGUGAUGGUCAGGGUAGGAGGAGGCUGGGACACUCUAGAAAACUAUCUCAACAAACAUGAUCCCUGUCAGUGCAACUACAGAG